AUGGAUAAAAAACAAGAAGAGCCAUUGAAAAAUGGCAAAAUUAAAUCCUCAUCCUAUGAACUAGACGACUACCCACUCCAUAGACGCACCAAUAGUGUACAUUCCAUCCCAUCCCAAAUAACGAUAGAAUCACAAGAAGAAGAAAUCGCCAAUGGUCAAAUAAGAGAAGCAGAAGUGAAACGUGAGUUGAAACAACGUCACAUCGGAAUGAUCGCCCUAGGAGGAACCAUUGGUACCGGUUUAUUCAUCGGUUUAUCCACUCCUCUAACUAACGCAGGCCCCGUUGGAGCACUGAUUGCAUAUUUAUUCAUGGGUACACUAGUGUAUAGCGUCACUCAAUCAUUGGGGGAAAUGGCUACAUUCAUUCCAGUCACUUCCUCAUUCACUGUCUUUUCACAAAGAUUCCUUUCUCCAUCAUUUGGGGCCGCAAACGGAUACAUGUAUUGGUUCUCUUGGGCUAUUACUUUCGCAUUGGAAUUGUCAGUCGUGGGACAAAUUAUUCAAUUCUGGACCUCUGCCGUACCCAUAGUCGCUUGGAUUAGUAUAUUUUGGGUACUGUUAGUCGCUAUGAAUAUGUUCCCCGUAAGGUUUUAUGGGGAAUUUGAAUUUUGGGUAGCUUCUAUUAAAGUGUUGGCUAUCAUGGGAUUCUUAAUUUAUUGUUUAUGUAUGGUUUGUGGGGCUGGUGUCACAGGACCUGUAGGAUUUAGAUAUUGGAGAAACCCAGGUCCAAUGGGUCCAGGUAUUAUCGCUAAAAAUUUGAAUGAAGCUAAAUUCCUUGGUUGGGUCUCAUCUUUAAUUAAUGCGGCAUUCACUUACCAAGGUACUGAAUUAGUGGGGAUUACUGCCGGUGAGGCUGCCAAUCCUCGUAAAUCUGUUCCUCGUGCUAUCAAGAAAGUAGUGUUCCGUAUUUUAUUUUUCUAUAUUGGUUCAUUAUUUUUCAUUGGUCUUCUCGUCCCUUACAAUGACCCAAAACUUACAAGUGAUGAUAGUUAUGUCGCUGCAUCUCCAUUCAUUAUCUCUAUACAAAAUAGUGGGACUCCCAUCUUACCUCAUAUCUUUAACGCAGUCAUUCUUUCCACCAUCAUAUCGGCAGCGAAUUCAAACGUAUACGUUGGAUCUAGAAUCAUGUUUGGGUUAAGUAAAAGUAAAUUAGCCCCACGUAUCCUUUCGAGGACAAAUAAAAAUGGUGUUCCAUGGGUAAGUGUAAUAUUCACAGGUUUAUUCGGUGCCCUUGCAUACAUGGAAACAUCCACAGGUGGUGAAGCUGCUUUCAAUUGGUUAUUAAACAUUACAGGUGUAGCAGGAUUCUUCUCAUGGUUAUUCAUUUCCAUCUCACACGUUCGUUUCAUGCAAGCUUUAGAAUAUAGAGGGAUCUCAAGAGAUGAUUUACCAUUUAAAGCAAAAUUUAUGCCUGGGUUGGCUUAUUAUGCUAUUUUUUUCAUGACAUUGAUCAUCAUUAUUCAGGGUUUCACUUCCUUUUGUCCAUCAUUCGAUGGGAUUGAUUUCCUAGCAGCUUAUAUAUCGUGUUUCCUUUUCAUCGCCAUCUGGAUAGUGUUCCAACUUUGGUUCCGUUGUAGACUCAUAUGGAAGAUUGAAGAUGUAGAUAUCGAUACGGAUCGUAGAGAUAUAGAGGAAGUGGUAUGGGAAGAUCCUCCUCCAGUCACAUUCUGGGACAAAUUCUGGAACGUGGUGGCAUGA